UUUCGGGUUUUUUACUAUCUACAACCAACCAAAAAAAAAAAAAAAAAAAACCUCAGAGAAAGACAAUGGGUGACCAGCUUCAAACGCCACAAAAGCCGUCGCCUGAACCGUCCAUAUCGCAUGGGCGAGGCGGUGCUGGAAACAUCAACCCGGACGCCACAAAGUACGUCGACGGUGAGGUGACUAGGACGGGCGUCGAGGGUACUCAUGGCGAUGGGGCGUAUAGCACGGGACGAGGAGGUGCCGCCAACAUUGGUGACAAGGGCGUCAACUCUACGGGUCGCCUGGACAAGGACAACGUGCCAGAGUCGGCGGUGAGACCUUCCACCGAAGGCCAAGAUUUUCAUGUCGGGCGUGGCGGCGCGGGCAACGAGCACGUCACUCCCGCUCAUGUUGCCGACAAGAAGUCUGGGGAUCAUCCGAUAGGGUUGGCCGACCGGUUGAAGGCCAAGAUGUUUGGGGCUUUCAAGAAGUGAGCGAGUGUAUUGCAGGCAAAAAAGGAUCUUGAGGAUGAAGGCAUAUGAAUUGAUAAUGGUGAUGGUAUAAGGGGGAGAGAGAGAGAUUAGCCGCAUGGAGUCUUACUGUUUUGGUUUUUGAAUAUUUAACACACUACCACUCCCACGGUCGUUAACGAUAUUCACGUCCAAAUAAAAGAUUGGAAGAGAGAGAAAAAAAAAAAAAAAAAAAA